AUGUUAUUAAGUAGUAUCUAUAUUCUUAUUGCUUUGAGUAAAAGAUUUAGUGACAAAAAAUGGACUAAAUAAACUUUGAAUAUGCAUUCUGAAUAAGUUUUAGAAACUAAAAAAUCUAAGCUAGCUCAAAGUUAUUUAAUAGCAUAAAUUUAAAUUUACUUUGAGAUAAAAGAAUAAUCAAUAGUUCUGAAGUUUUCUUAGAGGAUCAAUACCAAUUAUUGCCAAAAUUAUGCAGAUUACUAUAUUUGCUUUUUAUUUAACUUUAAAGAAAUAAGAUUUGGAUCUGAUGAAUUGAAAGCCUAAUUGGCAUUAUCCUAUAAAUCAAUUUUUAUUAUAAAUUUCCUAUAUCUCUAUUUUGAGGAUUAAUAUCAUUUAUUGAUAAUCAAGACUAAGUAUUAUGAAUAUCAAGGAGUCUCGUGGAUAGGAGCUUUAUAAUUUUUUGGAUUUACAUAUAUACUCUUAAGUGCUUUUAACAUUAUACAUAUAUACUCAGACUGA